AUGGAGGCCGUCCCUCCGAUCAGAUCCAGCCUCUCGGGGACUCUGCUGGUGGUAGUGAGGCUCUCCACACUGCUCCUUCAGAACCGGGCCCACCUCUACCAUUUCCUGCUCCUUAAGAUCAUCCUCUUCAACCACUGGCUGUCGGGGCUGACCCAGGAGGCCCGGGGGUCCCGCCCGCCCCCCGAGCUUGCAGCCUGCCCCGUGGGGCGGGUCCUACGCGCUGGGCUGGCCCUGAUGGAGGUGCCCGUGUGGCUGGUGCUGCGGACGCCCAGGCUGGCGUGGGCGGGCAUGCGCGGCUGUGCCCGGGCCUCGGGCCUGGCCCCGCAGCGGCUGGGCCUGUCGGCGGCUGCCUGGACGGACCUGCUGCUGUCGUGUCUGCAUGGCCUGAUGCUGGCGGCCCUGAUCCUGCUGCUGCUGGUCUGGAGACUGUGCCGGAAGGUGGGCGGCCUGGGCUGGCUGCUCAGGAAGGCUCUGCUGGAGAACCGCGUGGUGCUGGACUUACUGGCGCUGCUGAAGCGUCUGUACCGGCGGGCCGAGAGCACAACCGCGCGCACCUCCUGGCACGUGGCCUACCUCGUCACCUGGACCACCUGCCUGGCCUCCCACCUGCUGCAGGCUGCCUUUGAGCACACAGCCCAGCUGGCCCAGGCCCAGGAGGCCGAGCCCCAGGAGGCCUCGGGGCUCUGGUCUGAGUCGCCACUCCCUGAGCCCUGGGCUCCCAAGGCUGGGCCAGUCCUGCCAGAGCCUGGGAACCCUGGAGAAUAAAUGUAUCCCCGCCUGCCUCUCCUGUCUGGUC